GUAAUCUGCUCCGUGCCUCACGGCAGCUCGGAAAAUCCAACCACGUAAUGGCAAAUGUAAUCCGCAACAGUACAUCUGUUCUCACCUAAGACCUUCCUUCUUGGCCUGAACGGACCAAUCAGUGAUAGAAAAAGCUGUCAGCUGAUACAAUUCUUUGUGAUGAGUGCAAUUCAGGCCGAUAUGGCUCACAGACCAAUCAAAUACCUUCUGCUGUUGCACGUCUUGUUACUGAUAGGUCCUUCUGACCUGAAGAACCUUCACAGCGUUAUGAUAGACUUCAGACUAGCCUCUUGGAGCACCCGAGGAGGCUGGAAGGAUAACGCCUUCGUUUUACGUAUGAAACACUACUGUACAGCGUUCAAAACAUUCGCACCUGAUGCAUGGGCGAAAGUGAACAUGGCAACUAAGGGCAGCACAGAAAACAAUUGCUCCGAGCCAGCGGUAAAAUAGAACACUAAUGUUACA